AUGCCAGUAUUCGUGACAGGAAAUGCGAACAAGUUGAAAGAGGUUCGCGCCAUUCUCGCGGAGUCGCAAGUCGAGAUAGUCUCGCGCGAGCUCGAUAUUGAAGAAAUUCAAGGAACUACUCGCGAGGUUGCCGCUGCGAAAUGUCGCCGUGCUGCAGAGCUACUUGGUGGGCCCUGCAUUACGGAGGAUAGUGCGCUUUGUUUUGAGGCACUCAAUGGACUGCCGGGGCCGUACAUCAAAUACUUCCUCAAGGAGCUCGGCCAUGAAGGAUUAAACAACUUGCUCGCAGGCUUUCCAACUACGGCAGCCUGGGCCCUUUGCACAUUUGCUUACAGCGCUGGACCUGGGACUGAGCCCAUUUUGUUUGAAGGCCGAACAGACGGGCGCAUUGUGCCCGCUAGGGGUGACGGGAAAUUCGGAUGGGAUCCAGUCUUCGAGGCUGAUGGUACAGGCCAGACGUACGCAGAGAUGAGUGCGGAGCAAAAGAACAAGCUCUCGCAUAGAUAUCGUGCAUUGAAUAAACUACAAGCAUACUUAACAACUCUCAGCUCAUGA